AUGGAAGAAACAAAAUUAAAGAUGUACGUAACCUCAACUGCAUUAUUACUUAGUUUUGCUGGUGUAGCAUAUUUUGUUUUAAGGAAGAGAAGGAAGAUCCUUGAUGUUACAGAUGCCUUCAACCAUUUGAGUAUCAAGAUUAUCUCUGACGUAGAAGUAUGUGAUGAGGUGGUGCAUGAAUUACGAAGGAGAUGUAAAAAAUACAAAAUAAUAGGAUUUGACUGUGAAUGGGUAACUGAUCAUGGUAAGCGGAAACCAGUAGCAUUGAUGCAACUGUCCACUUAUGAUGGGUACUGUGGCCUCUUCAGGCUUAGUCAUUUAAAGUCUGUACCUAAUUCAUUAAAGAAUCUUUUAGAAGACAGGACAAUUUACAAGGUUGGAGUGGCGCCCAUUGACGAUGCCAAGUACCUCUUCUAUGAUUAUUCUGUUGCAAUCCAUUCUACAUUAGAUGUCCGCCAUAUUGUUGCUUUAGCUGGUUAUCAUACAGGGGGUUUGGCUUCACUUUCUCAAUCUUUACUGAAUGUUACUUUGGAUAAGAGCUGGAGGGUUCGAUGUAGUGAUUGGGAGGCAGAGGAAUUGUCUGCAAGACAAGUGAAUUAUGCUGCAGCCGACGCUCAUGUUGCUUGCAAAAUUUUCAUAAAGAUGAUUGAUAAAAUAUCUAAGCAAAAUGUUUGGAAUAUUUUUAAUACAAGAACUAAUGAGACCUGGGAUAACUUGGACAAAUUAUGCAGUCAAUAUUUAGAUAUAAAUUUUAAAAGCAAGAAGGAUAAACCAGAUGUCAAUACUAAUGGCAAGCAGUAUAAUAAUAAAAAGAGAGAGAAAAAGAAUUCAGCAUCCGCUAGAUCGAAGCCAUUAUACACCAACAGCUUUCUAGAAGCGCCUGAUGGUGAACUUCUGUGUACAUGUGACUAUAAAAAAGCCAUGUGGUAUAUAGAGAAAGAACUAGCAGACAUAGUGAAGGAGUCGCCAUUCACAGUUCGCCUGAGGUUCGAGCCAGCGGCGCGUUCUGUAGGGGAAGUCGGAAAGUACUAUCAGAUUGCCAAAGAAAACUGCUGCGUCGUGUGUGGAGACACAAACUCUUAUAUUAAAAAGAACGUUGUGCCUAAGGAGUAUAGGAAAUAUUUUCCUGAUGUGAUGAAGGACCACUCGUGCCACGACGUGUUGUUGUUGUGCCUGUCGUGCCACCAGCGCAGCAACAUGGCGGACCUGCGCGUGCGCCUGCGGCUCGCGGCGGAGUGCCGCGCGCCACUCACCAAUAGGGAAUAUAGCCGGUUCACCGAGGACCACGAUGUCAAGAAAGUUAAAUCGGCGGCCCGCGCCCUCCUUCAUCAGCGUGAUAAGAUCCCGGAGGAAAGACGAAAGCAACUGGAAACUGUUGUUUUAAACUAUUUUCCGGAGCAGAAUGAAGUUACACAGGAUCUCUUGAUAGAGGCAGCGGAUCUGGAAGCCUAUGUGGAGAACGCAGAUUACUCUGCGCACGGUUUGAAAGUGGUGGAGCAUUACGCGAGUCGGGAGGGCGGUCUGCUGCGACUGGAGAAGCUCUGGCGGCGACACUUCCUGCAGACGAUGCGGCCCACGCACAUGCCCCCGCUGUGGUCCGUCGCACACAAUGAGGAGAGGUUGCGUGUGCGUUUAUUAGAUGGCCGACUGACAGAUGAAGAUAUGAGAUCGAUAGGUCUCCUGAGCUGGAUUAAAGAGAGGCAGGCGGUUGCUCCUCUUCAAAAUAAGGUCGACGGAUGA